CACUUCACAUCUUUCUCGCAAAAUCCCCAAAAUCUUUACAGUAAUGGAAAACCUUCACCCUUUGAUGACACGUUACCGUACAAAACUGAAGCAAGCAUCGGAGCUAUGGCUUGAAGGUUUUCGAGAAGCUUGUUGUCUGCACAGAGUUGCCAUAUACUGUCUCCGGUCCAAGCAGUUGAUGAUCCGAACCGGACAGUGCUUUCUAUUGAACGGUUUCAUCUUUUUAGGAAGUAUUUUCAUUCUAAGAUCUCUUAUCCUUCCAACGCUAGAAUGGAUAUUACCUUUGGGAGUCCCUGAUGGUUAUCAAGAACCUUGCUUAUCGGAGAUGCCUAUAAGAUUGUACGCCUUCUUACGACUUGGACUCUUGCAACUUAUUUAUGCUCUAUGGUUUUACCCUUUGUACAUAUUCAGCUUCAUUUUAAGCACUAUCUGGUACAAUGAUAUUGCUCAGUUUGGUCUUACGGUUACUGAAAAAGACGGGCCGACCAAUGUAGCUCCAUCAACCCAAAAGGAACCUUCAACUUCACAAAAUGCAACACCUGUUGAUAAACCAACUGACCUUGGGCGGGUCAUGAUAGGAAUAGCAGAACAGGGGUAUUCACUCCUCCUAUUGACCUUAUUUUUCUUGGAGGUUUACCUCACCGGUUUUGUACCUUAUAUUGGAAAGGCUCUCAAUUUUAUACUUCUUUCGUGGAUGUAUGCGUAUUACUGCUUUGAGUACAAAUGGAACUUCUCUGGCCUGAGUUUGGAUAAAAGGCUUGACUUUUUUGAGUCAAACUGGGCGUUCUUCGCUGGUUUUGGAUCUCCUUGUGUUCUGGCCAUUUUCUUUUUUUCUCCUUUAGUGAGUUAUGGAGUAAUGGCAGUACUCUUUCCGAUGUUCGUUUUGACUGCAGCUGGUACAGAUGCUGACAGUGUAGUUGACGCACAUAAAACAAAAUGGAGAGGUGAAGAAUUGAGAAAGCUUCCUAUAUUUUACGCUGCAGAUAAGUUAUUGAUGCGAAUCUUGUCUCUUCUUCCUGUGGAACCUCAGGAGCACACGUCUGACAAGAAAGCACUCUGAGACUAAUAUGCUAAUCUUAAAGAGCUUGAAGAUUCCUGUGUUCAUACAAAGAGUACAUUUAGUUGUUUUAUGGUUUUCUAUUGAUUAUAAUGGGCGACAUUUGCAGCAGAUAGAAAAAUGGUUAGAAAGUGACAAGACAGCAUUGUGAUAUAGAUGUUUGAAGUUUUUAGAUGUAGAAUUGUUUUUUGGUCUAAAGAUGAUUGACAUGAAACAUACCCA